AUGGCCAGGAAGUCUAAACUCCGCCAAAGGAGUCGAAAGACCACGUUACACAGACCAAAAGAUGCUUUAGAUAGAAAAGCGGAGCUUGUUGCUCUUAUAGAGUCUCUCAAGGCGAAAAAGCUAUCUUCAAGCUCUGCCGAUGCUGCUGAAACUGCAGUAACACGUCAGAAUGCUACACCCGGACCACUGGAUGCUGAGUUUAGUCAGAUUUUGGCUAAAUUUGCUCCCCCCCCAGAGAAUAGCACGGCUAAAGAUGGCACUUUAAAAAAGUCUCCAGUCCCAGUGUCCUUACAGACAUAUGAUUUACAAGAGGAUUCUGAUCCUGAGGAGAAGCAACCUUCAAAGUCCAAGACUAAAUACCAGAAACCGAGCUUAUCAGAACUCAAAAGCGUCACCUCUCAUCCAGAACUGAUAGAGUGGUAUGACUGUGAUGCUCCUGAUCCUUGGUUCCUUGCAAAUAUUAAAUCUGCUAAGAAUAUAGUGCCUGUUCCAAGUCAUUGGCAGACCAAAAGAGAAUACCUUUCUGGCCGUUCGUUACUAGAGAAGAAGCCUUUUGAGCUGCCAGAUAUCAUUAAGCUCACAAAUAUUGAGGAUAUGCGUAAUUCGAUGCCUGACGCUGGCCAAGGCGAUGCGAGUCUUAAGAAGGACGCAAGGUCUAGAGUUAGGCCGAGGUUGGGAAAACUAGACCUUGACUAUUCCAAGCUUCACGAUACGUUUUUUAGGCUGGGCCGGAACUGGAAGCCAGACCUUCUUCUGCCGUAUGGUGAUCAGUACUAUGAGAAUCGAAAUCUAGAACAAGAGGUUAUGUGGGCCAGCAUGCGUCGGAAAUAUCGUCCUGGACGCUUAUCGGCACAGAUACGCAAGGCAUUAGGACUCUACGAGGGCCGACUUCCCUCCUGGUGCAAGAAAUGGAAAGACAUAGGACUACCACCUAGUUAUCCGGGAAUGAAAGUCGCAGGCAUAAAUUGGGACAUAAGUAACGCCAAAGGAGAUAUAUACGGAGAAUGGCGUCCCGAAACAAAAACAACAGACGUAACUCGUUUUGGCCAACUUCUGUCGAACGAUUCAGAACAAUCCCCCGCUGACGCAAAUCUUCCAACACAGCCUACUCUUAUUGGCGAGCAUGUAGAGAAAAACUCCAAAUCUGACGAUCAGAUUCAAACUGAUAACACCCCCAAGGAUCAAAUAAACAUCGCAAGCUCGGAACAGCCCGAUCACGUUACUACUCCGACGCAGCUAUACACUGUUCUACCAGAAAGAAAGCACGCAUCUCAGUACUCUUCUCGUGAAGGUUACUUGUUGCCGGGAAAGAGGCCUUCUCCCAACUCAUCAGAAACUUCAUCGAAAAGAGCGCAAUCUAUAGCAAUGGCCAAGGAGAGCGAUAACGUUGAAGAGUUCAAGUUUUAA